AUGGUAGUAGAGCGACUGUUUGGCUUGCUAAAGACCUUCACCGGUGUGGCCCCGACAACCUUAGCAUUUAAUCUAAACAUACUAACUCCUCCUAGAUGGCGUUGGCUCGAGGAAAAGUAUGUGGCAGUGAAGAUAAAUUCCAAUCAUGAUACCCGUAAAUUUUCCGGGGACUCUGAAAUAAACAUCCUUCGUCAUAUUUCGACAGCGAAUCCCCGACAUAUAGGCUGGCACUUCACUCGUCAUCUACUUGACACAUUUCUUGUCCAAAAUCCUACUUCGAAGAAACCUCACGCUUGUCUUGUUUUUGAGCCGCUACGGGAAAGCCUUGGGCGCUACUGUAGAAGAUGGGAAGAUGGUGUGAUGCCCCCGGAGAUAUUCAGAAUAGUGCUCCAGAUAAUUCUCCAAGCACUCGACUAUUUACACUCCGAAUGCCAUAUUAUUCACACUGGUAGGCAUUUCGCUAGAUGUAUAGCUCGAGAAAUUUACUAA